GCACCGCAUGCUCAGCCCAUAUUCAGCAGUGGAGAGGACUGCAAGGCCUCCUGGCACGACGCUAGCGCCGGCUACAAUGAGACCGACACACACCUGGAGAUCAUGGGCAAGCCCGUGAUGGAGCGCUGGGAGACCCCUUACAUGCACUCCCUGUCGACCGUUGCAGCGUCAAAAGGUGGUCGGGUUCUGGAGAUUGGUUUCGGCAUGGCCAUCGCCGCCACUAAGAUUGAGUCUUUCCCCAUCGAGGAGCACUGGAUCAUCGAGUGCAAUGACGGUGUCUUCGCCAGACUGGAGAACUGGGCCAAGUCUCAGCCACAUAAGGUCGUCCCUCUGAAGGGCCUUUGGGAGAACGUUGUUCCCACUCUGCCAGAUAACCACUUUGAUGGUAUCCUGUAUGACACAUACCCUCUGUCUGAGGAGACAUGGCACACUCACCAGUUUGAUUUCAUUAAGGGUCACGCUCACAGGAUGCUGAAGUCCGGCGGCGUCCUCACCUACUGCAACCUGACCUCCUGGGGCGAGCUGCUCAAGACCAAAUACGACAACAUUGAGAAGAUGUUUGAGGAGACCCAGGUGCCUCAUCUGCUCCAAGCCGGCUUCAAGAAGGAGAAGAUUAGCACCACCACCAUGGACAUUGGACCACCCACUGAAUGCAAAUACUAUUCCUUCAAUAAGAUGAUCACUCCCACCAUCGUCAAGCAGUAAAGUCUGAAGGCGCUGCUGCAACCUUUCUAUUUUUUUUUUUUUUUUACCAUAAUGUACCUUCUCAUCUGACCCUCCUGACCUUCUCACUCUGUCGGUUUGCCAUAUUUCAAUAAAUACAUUAUACAUUUA